UUUAUAAUCCCAAAACCUCAAGAGGAGACCCUCCUCCAUUUUUUAAUUUCAUCAUUAUCUUCUCUUUCACUCAAAACUCACACAGAAGACUUCUAGUUAUAUAGACUUUGGUGUGAGUUCUAAAGAGAAAACAUAAAUGGAGACAAAACCAGGAGAUUCAAGAAACCCAUCUUCCACUACUUCCUCUUCCAUCAUCAACGGAUCUUUACAUCACCACAUCAUAACCAGAUCUGAUCACUACCCAACAACCUUUGUCCAAGCAGACACUUCCUCUUUCAAACAAGUCGUCCAGAUGCUCACCGGAAGCUCCUCCCCGAGAUCCCCGGACUCGCCGCGUCCUCCUCCGUCUCCUUCCGGCAAGAGUACUUUCGUGAUUCCGCCGAUCAAAACGACACAGCCGAAGAAACAACACUCGGGAAACAAACUCUACGAGAGGAGAUCGAACAGCAACAGCCUCAUGAUCAAUACGCUCAUGAUCGGCGGCCGCGGUGGAAACGGCGCCGGAAGCCCAAGAUUCUCGCCGAGAAACCAGGAGAUUCUGUCGCCUAGCUGUCUCGACUUCCCGAAGCUCGCGCUUAACAGUCCCGUGACGCCGCUGAAGCACGGUGGCGACGGUCACGAUCCGUUCGACAGGAUGUCGCCAUUGUCGGAGGAAGAGAGAGCGAUCUCAGAGAAAGGUUAUUACUUGCAUAAGUCGCCCAUUUCAACUCCGAGGGAAACGGAGCCGCAGCUUUUGCCGCUGUUUCCUGUUACUUCUCCGAGAGUAUCGGCAGCUUCACCGGAUAAUUCAACUUCUUGAGGAGAGAGAGAGAGAGAGAGAAAGAGAGAGAGAGAGAGAGAGAGAGAGAGAGAGAGAGAGAAUGUUUAUAAUUUUUACUACCACUGUAAUUUUCAUUUUUAACCCUGCUCUGCUUUUUAGUCCUUGCUUUUUUUACUGUUAUCAUGUCAAUUAAAAUUUCAAAUAAAGAGAAUAUGAGAGGUCAAAGAUAAGAA